AUGACUUCUUUUCACUUCGAAGUGUCGUCUUCUCAAAAAAAUCUCCACGACCAUGUGUUGAAAGUGUUCCGUGUAUUGAUCGCUGAUCUUGUUCAGCAGUACAAUGGUGGACACCCAGGUGGGGCAAUGGGUAUGGCAGCUAUCGGGGUUGCUUUAUGGAAAUAUGUGAUGAAAUAUGCACCCAACGAUCCAGAUUACUUCAACAGAGACCGAUUCGUCUUAUCAAAUGGCCACACCUGUUUGUUCCAGUACGCAUUCCAACAUUUGGUGGGGUACAAGCACAUGGACAUUGAACAGCUCAAAUCUUAUCACUCCAAUCGCUUAGACUCAUAUUGUCCUGGUCACCCAGAGAACGAGUUUCCAGGCAUUGAAGUCACCACUGGAGCUUUGGGCCAAGGAAUAUCCAAUGCCGUCGGAUUGGCCAUUGCAACUAAGAACUUGCAGGCUACCUACAACAAACCGGACUUUCCUGUUGUCUCCAACCACGUUUUCUGUAUGGUAGGUGACGCGUGCUUGCAGGAGGGUGUAGCUUUGGAAUCCAUUUCGUUGGCAGGUCAUCUUGGUUUGAGUAACUUGACAGUCACGUAUGACAACAACCAGAUCACUUGUGAUGGAUCAGUGUCUAUUACCAAUACUGAGAACAUCAACGAGAAAAUGAGAGCAUGUAACUGGGAAGUCAUUGAGAUCAUGGACGGUUCCAACGACAUCGCGGCCAUUGUCGAAGCACUUGAAUAUUCCAAGAGUUCAGAUAAGCCAACUUUCAUCAACAUCCACACCAGAAUUGGUAUCGAUACCACCAUCGAGGGUGAUGCUGCAGCUCACGGAGCUGCCUUUGGUCAAGCCGAGGUUGACCGCUUGCACAAGGCUUACGGUUUCAAUCCUGAAGAAAGGAUUCACAUUCCUCAGGAUGUCUAUGAUUUCUUUGGUGACUUGCAAGCCAAAGGUGAUGAACACAAAAGGGAUUGGAACCUGUUGGUCGAACGGUAUUCUGCCGCAUACCCUGAACUUGCUCAGGAGUUUCUUUCAAGAGUCAGAGGUGAACUUCCAGACAACUGGAAGGCCGCCAUUCCACAAACUUUCCCGGAGCUGGACACUCCAUCGAGAGCAUCCAGUGGUUUAGUUAUUAACCCACUUACUGCUGCUUUCAAGAAUUUUUUGGUUGGAACUGCAGACCUCACGCCAUCUGUCCACAUGGCAUACAAGGGCAGAGUGGACUUCCAGAAUCCAGACCGGGACGCUCAAGGUGAUUUUCUGGGCCGUUACAUCCACUAUGGUAUUCGUGAACACAGUAUGGCUGCCAUUGCCAACGGAAUUGCAGCAUACAACGAGGGUACUUUCAUUCCAGUCACCUCAUCGUUCUUGAUGUUCUACCUCUACGCCGCUCCUGCCGUCAGGUACGGAGCCUUGUCUCAGCUUCAGGUAAUCCAUGUGGGAACUCAUGACUCUAUCGGUAUUGGUGAGGACGGACCCACUCACCAGCCCAUUUCGCUUCCGAUUCUCUUUCGUUCCAUGCCGAAUAUGAACUUCAUGCGCCCGUGUGACUCAGUGGAGACUGCUGGAGCUUGGGAAGUUGCUGUUGCUUCUAGGAAAAAUCCUUCGAUCAUUUCUCUCUCCAGACACAAGUUGAAACAAUACCCCCGGUUUUCUAGAAGAGAGUUAGUGGCGAAAGGAGCCUACCACUUCAACAAGGUCGACAAUGAGGUGUUGAACAUAAUUGGAGUGGGAUCGGAAAUGCAGUUUGCUGUGGAGGCUGCUCAGAUCUUGAACAAUAAAGGAAUUGCCACAUCGGUGAUUUCCUUUCCUUCGUACUACCUCUUUGAAAAACAACCCAAAGAGUAUAAGAGGCUGCUUUUGCAAAGAGGAAAGAUUCCAACCGUGGUAAUCGAAGCCUAUGCACCCAACGGAUGGGAACGAUACGCUACAGCUGGUGUCAAUAUGAAAACUUUUGGUAAGUCACUUCCUGGUCCAGACACCUACAAGUACUUUGGUUUUGAUUCUAAGGUUAUUGUCGAGAAAAUCGAGAAGUACUUGGAUACCUGGGGAGAAGACGAGAAUGUGCGCCAUGAGUUUGUUGAGCUUUGA